AUGGACAAAUCCAAAAACUUUCGCAUUGAUGCGCUUUUGGCGCAUGACGCGCAGCCGCAGAGGACGGACCCGGACCCGGACGCCGUGUCCCCGGGUCGGUACUACACCAGGAGCCCCAGCGACAGCCCGGGGUCCAACCGAGGCUCCGAGACGCCCUCACCCCACACGAACCCAACAAACCCGUCCCAGGUCCAGCCGGGGGGGCUCCUGUCCAAACCCCCCUUCAUGGGUCUGUCCCAGUCCGGGUUCAGUCCUCUGCACCAGGGGGCUCUGCUGGGGGUGCACCCCGGCUCCAUGUACCCCCUGGCCGCGCACCCCGCCUUUAUGUACCCGGGCUUCACGCAGCUGGUCCAGCAUUACCCGGAGCAGCUGAAGGGGGCCCCCAUGGCCGGGUCCAUCCCCCUGGAACCCUGGAUCCGAGCCGGGAUCAUGGUCCCCAGACUGGGGGAGUAUGGAGUCCAGGCUCAGGCAGGAUUACUGGGGAAGUGUCGGAGGCCCAGGACGGCGUUCACGAGCCAGCAGCUGCUCGAGUUAGAAAACCAGUUCAAGCUGAAUAAGUACCUGUCCAGGCCCAAACGCUUCGAGGUGGCCACGUCGCUCAUGCUCACAGAAACUCAGGUUAAGAUCUGGUUCCAGAACAGACGCAUGAAGUGGAAGCGAAGUCGUAAACUGAAGGACCAAGCCGGCCCCACCUCGCCGCUGACGGACGCUGAGCGACCCGACCUGAGCGUCCAACAUCAGGGGGACUUUCACGGCUCCAGCCCGGAGGAUGAAGACGACAUAGAGGCGGAAGACGAGGAAGACAAGGAGGAACUAGACGUACUGAGGCCCAGUCCGGUGGGCUUCACCAGGCACGCAGGAGUAGCAGCAGCAGCAAACUACAGCUCCUACUCCGACGAAGAGCUGGAGGAAGAAGAUCCAAGAACAAGAAGUGGGGUUUUCCCAUAG